CAACGCACCAAUUCCACCUCACCUCCUUCUCCUCCGCGGCAUUCCCUCCCACCCGGACCCGACGGAGCGGAUGGACUCGGACGCCUCCAUCUCCCCGCGGCGGCGGAGCUGCUACAGCGACAACGGCGACUCGUCCUGCUCGGAGCCCUUCAGCGACUGCGGCAGCGACGACUCCCUCACCACCUCCUCCCCGCUCAACCCCGCCGCCGCAGCAUCCAUCCACCGCCUCCUCCUCUCCUGCGCCGCCGACGCCUCCCCCACCACCAUCACCUCCCUCAUCACCACCCUCACCGCCCCCACCACCCCCCUCGACGCCCUCCGCCGCGCCGCCAUGGAGCUCCGCCUCCUGGCCAAACACAACCCGGACAACCGCGUCCGCAUCGCCUCCUCCGGCGCCAUCCCCCCUCUAACCGCCCUCCUCGCCCACCCCGACCCGCUCCUCCAGGAGCACGCCGUCACGGCCCUCCUCAACCUCGCCCUCUGCGACGCCAACAAGGCCCUCCUCCUCGACGCCGGCGCCGCCCGCCACCUCGUCCGCGCCCUCAAGGCCGCCGCCUCCCCCGCCGCGCGCGAGAACGCCGCCUGCGCGCUCCUCCGCCUCGCCCAGCUCGACGCCGCCGCCGCCGCCGCCGUCGGCCGCGCCGGCGCCGUCCCGCUCCUCGUCAACCUCCUCGAGGCCGGCGGCCCGCGCGGGAAGAAGGAUGCUGCGACGGCGUUGUACGCGAUCUGCGGCGGCGCCCGCGAGAACCGGCUCCGCGCUGUGCAGGCUGGCGCGGUCAGGCCGCUGCUCGACCUCAUGGCUGACCCCGAGUCCGGGAUGGUCGAUAAGGCCGCCUACGUGCUGCACUCGCUUGUGGGGAUUGCGGAGGGCCGCGCGGCCGCUGUGGAGGAGGGCGGCGUCCCCGUGCUUGUGGAGAUGGUCGAGGUGGGCUCGUCCAGGCAGAAGGAGAUCGCCACGCUCUCGCUGCUGCAGAUCUGCGAUGACAACGCCGUGUACCGCACCAUGGUCGCCCGCGAGGGCGCCAUCCCGCCCCUCGUCGCGCUCUCGCAGUCAUCCUCCGCCCGCCCAAAGCUGAAAACCAAGGCUGAGUCGCUGAUCGAGAUGCUGCGGCAGCCGCGGAGCGCGAGCAUGCGCGCAAGGCCGGCGGCCAUGGUUGCGGCAGAGUGAUCGAUACACGUCCGUUUCAAAUUGCGUGCGUUUUUCUUCACCUUUUGUUCACAGUGGCGAGAAGAGCCGGCCGGAAGGUCGGCCGGCGUGCACGCCCGUGUAAAUACCAAGAGUGCAGCGAGUUUGUUGCGUCCCGCGAGCGAGUGUACAUUUUCCCUCAAGCGAGAUGGUGUCAUGACACUGUAAAAAAUCUCUUGUCCCCUUUGUUCC